AUGUUGUCAACUCUUCCAAAUUUCAGUGAAUUAAGGGACCUCCACAAACGAGCAAAUGAUCUUCUUCACUCUCCUCAAAUCCAACAAGCUCUCAUCCAUCAAGAAACAACAACGACAUCGGUCCGAGAAAUCUCCGAGGCGUCGUUGGAGAUGCUUGAUGUCUGCGGCACAACAAGGGAAGUUCAUUUGUUGGUGAAAGAACACUUGCAAGAGCUCCAACACACCUUACGUCGAGCCAAGAUCGAGGGUGGUUCAGACUUUGAGGCUCAAAUGUCAUCCCAUGGUUUAUACAGGAAGAAGCUGAACAAAGAGUUGGCUAAAUGUUUAAGGACGAUCAAAGGGACCAAAAACAAGUAUUUUACGUCGGAUCUUUCACUUGUAGAUCAAAGUCUUAUAGUAGUUGUGCAUGUUUUGAGGGAGGUUAAAGAGGCUUCUAUUUCUCUAGUGGAGUCUCUAUUAAAUCUCCUUUCCUUGCCUACUACCGUAAGCAUCGUUCAUAGCCAAAGAUCAUUGUCGUCAUCGUUGGCGUCGAAAUUUCGACGAAUUAAUUGUCAAAGGUUAUUGGAGAGAUGCGAUUCUAUGGAGGUUCGCAUGGCGAAUAAAAGAUUGGAAGAAGUUGAGAAGUCCAUGGAAGAUGUUGAGGUUGAGUUAGAGUGUAUUAUUAGGCGUUUGAUUCACACUAGAGUUUUACUCUUAAACAUAGUCAAUAAUUAG